AUGCACUGGUGCCUUGAAUGCCAGCGUGCCAUAACCCCAGCGGCCUCCGUCCGCUCUCUGCUGCUUGGAGAGACGAAAGCGGCACCAGAGGGCGCCGCAAACUCAGCGCUGGCGAGAAGGUUCCGCGGGAGCGCAAGAGGGCGCGUCGCCGCCGGCGCCUCCGAGUGGGUGGGGACGGGCUGGCUGGCGGGCGGGCGGAGCGCGACCUCCUUCCUGUUUGGCUCGGCUUCCUCCGGCUCCGUCGGCGGGGAUGCCGCGCGUAACGGCCGAGCGCCCGGGUCUCGCCAAGAAGAGAUGAAAGGCAUCCGAGAGGAAAAGCCGGAGCCGGGCGCUUCUGCUGCCAACGCCGCCUCCCCUUCCCCUCUGCUCAGGCUGCUUUCCGCCCUCUUCUACGGGAUCUGCUCUUUCUGCAUCGUCCUGGUAAACAAGGCGGUGCUGACGGCUUACAGAUUCCCAUCUCCAGUGUUUCUUGGAUUAGGACAGAUGGUAACCACUAUUCUGAUCUUAUAUGUGUCAAAACUGAAUAGAAUCAUUCACUUCCCUGAUUUUGAUAAGAGAAUCCCUAUGAAGCUGUUUCCACUUCCUCUGAUUUACGUUGGAAAUCACAUAAGUGGAUUAUCAAGUACAAGCAAGCUAAGUUUGCCCAUGUUUACAGUCCUAAGGAAGUUUACCAUUCCUCUUACAUUACUGCUGGAAAUGAUUGUUCUUGGGAAGCGCUAUCCGCCGAGCAUUGUAAUUAGUGUGUUCGCAAUCAUCCUUGGAGCUUUCAUAGCAGCAGGAUCAGAUCUAGCUUUCAGCAUGGAAGGCUAUGCCUCUGUGUUGCUGAACGAUGUCUUCACGGCAGCAAACGGUGUUUACACAAAACAAAAAAUUGACCCAAAGGAGCUGGGAAAAUAUGGAGUCAUUUUUUAUAAUGCCUGUUUUAUGGUAAUUCCUACAGUUCUCAUAAGCUUCUUCAGUGGAGACUUCCAACAGGCCACCAACUUCAAGGAGUGGACAAAUGUUUUAUUUAUCUUUCAAUUUCUUCUUUCCUGUGUAUUGGGGUUCCUUCUGAUGUAUUCUACCGUCCUCUGCAGCCAUUAUAAUUCUCCCCUCACAACCACAGUGGUUGGUGCCAUAAAGAAUGUGUCCAUCGCUUACAUUGGAAUGCUAUUUGGUGGAGACUAUAUCUUUUCUAUGCUGAACUUCAUAGGGCUCAAUAUCUGCAUGGCAGGAGGGCUGAGAUACUCGUUUCUAACAAUACGGGGAAACGACAAUCCUCAGAGCUCCACAGAUGAAGAAGAAGCAGAGCCGGGUGCCAAGAGCUAGCAGAAACAAAAGGCAAGAGAAGCUGGGAGGACACAGGCUCCUGUAGAAGCUCAACGCAGAAGUGGCUGUAGAGUGGAAGUUCUACCUCAUCUCGCAUUGGGAUCCAGGGCAAUCCUUGUGAGACAAGGCAUGAUCUUGGAAAACAGUCAGCUGCAGGCAUGUUUGAUCAUUAUUUAUGUAGCAAGACUAAUUACAAUGGAUGGAUGGAUGGCAGGGUUUGGUUAUUUCCCCCUUCCAUGGGAAAUCUUCGCACUGGGUCAAAUCCAGUCGUCCUUCCUUCAUGUUUAUUCUGUCGAGGGUGUUGAAUCGCCUUUUUCUCCCAGACUGCCUGUAGCUGUGGGUAGACUCCUUGCUUAAAUUUCGAAGAGGAUUGACCAGAAGAUGGCUGCAGACUGCAAAAUAUUGUUGUGCUUACAGCCACACACAUGUGGUUAGGAACUCGACGGCACACAUCUGCCAUGUGCCACAUCUAGCUGCCUCGGUUCAGAGCUUUAGAGAUCUGGGCUGCAUUGUACUGGUUGGAGGGUGGACUUAGAUGUCCCCUUGGCUCCCCCCAGCUCUAGGAUGCUGGAGCUGAAAGGGCAAGAAAUAUGUCAUUUGCAAAGGCAACUCCAGUGCUAUCCAGAAACUAGCCAUUCGAUUGCAGAGAUUACUGUGGUCUUGUGAAUGUGCCCCACCAGUUUUGUGGGAGCAUAGGUCUCCAGUAUGAUCUGCAACCUCCAGAUACAUUGGGCUGUCUGGGGGGUUGAUUGCACUGAUAAUCUCACUGGAUACCAAAUACGCCAUGCAGGGCAUGAGCACAUCUGAUACCAAAUACGUUCUGUGCCUUAAGGAAGAAUAGCAGGCUGGUGUUCAGUGGCAUGGACCCUAACUUCUCUGAAUGGAGUUCUGUAGUGGUGGAACAGUC